AUGACGACGGCGCCGGCGGAGCGCGAGCCUCCGGUGCCGACUCCGGCGGCCAAGUGGCGCGUGGGGGAGCGCCAGACGCCUCGCUCGCGACACGACCUGGCUCCGCGCGCGCUGGCGGCGAAGGAGACGCACCCGCUGGCUCUGGCGACGGCUUUGUCCGCUCCCUCGGUCGAUGCGGCAGUUGCAGUGGAUCCGCCGCCAAGUUCUGCGUCUUCAGCGCAUGGAGACUCGUUAACCAAGCGAAGCAGCAGCGGUGGAGCGUCGCCGGAGCUCGUGGUGCUGCAGGACGGAGACGUGGACCCGCUGGGUGUCCUCGGAGCGCCAGCAGACGCAAAAGUGGCGCAGACGGAGGUCGUACGCUCGAAAGCCGCGUCGGUUGAUGCUGCAAUUGUUGCAAACAAUGGGGAGGCAAGAGGAGAAGCCGCGCCCCGUACAGUGAAGCACAAGUGGAAGGAGCACACGGACCGCCUGCUGGCCAAGUACGCGGACCACACGUUCAAGAUCAAGGCGAGCAUGCUGGAGGUGAACGACCUGGAGAACGAGAUCUCGUUCGCUCCGAAGAGCGACUACCAGAAGGCGGACGACCCGGCAGAGGCGUCCGUGAUCAAGAAGACGCGCGCGAGAUUGGAGCAGCUGGAGCGUGGGUCGGAGAACAAUGGACCGAAUUUCGAGCAGGACGAGAAGACUAUCGAGAUCUCGCAGAGCCAGUACGUGGCCAAGGUGAAGGAGAUGCAGAAGCGGCUCAUUGCAAGCUGGGAGCAGAACCACAAGGUGGAAGCGCUGCGAAUUGCUAUCAAGUGUGUGAAGCUGCUCGCAGAUACGGACACUGCACCGCAGCUCUAUCCGUGCGUGUUUGUGUUGGUGAGUGAAGUGCUGGACGCCUUUGGCAAGCUCGUGUUCGGUCGCAUCCACGCACGCGCCUCCGAGGAUGAAAACGGUCAGCCUCUACCGGAGCCACUGGGCGAACAUUUCAUGAGCUCAGACAUCAACGUCCAAGCCACCGAGACGUGCCGCAAUUGGUUCUACAAGACGGCUUGCAUCCGAGAGCUGCUCCCACGAAUGGGUGUCGGAGAGCCGAUGGUUGCCUUGUACGCGCGUCUGUAUCUGGCACUCACCAGCUCCGAGUUGUUGGGAACUACCUCACCAUCCGAGCAAACCGUCGUCGUAAGCAGCAGCUUGUUCGACUACUUUUACGCUUUCAACUGGUUCCGCCGAAACAAGCUAGAGCAUUGGCUGCUGACGCACAAAAUGGAGCACGACGAGUAUCUGGCGCUACACUCGCCUGCCGUGGAAUGGCUCGUUAAAUGCGCAGCUCCGGGGGCCACUCAGGACAGCUUCGACUCGUUAUUGGCGCACUAUCAAGAGUAUUCGGACAGCUCCAUGGUGUUGAAGCACCUCUGCGAGUGUUUUGGCGCCCAGUUUUACGCCUCAACGCCGACCGAGAUGCUGGAUCUCAUUCGCACAUCCUCUCCGUCGUUGGUCUCGAAGUGCCAUCUUUACAGUCUCGUUGCGGUGCAGCUGAGCAAUGUGCUUGUCAUUGCGGAUAAUGAACGAGGUGGGAAACUGCAGUUUCUGAACGAUUCCUGGUCGUCCAUCACUUCCCAAGAGAACAUAACGCAGUACAUGGAGUGUGCUGCCGCCUACAUGAAGCUUAUAGUGGCUCAUUUCUCGCACCGAGAGGCUCUUAUUCUGCUUAAGGAUGUCGUGCGCCACCUGAACGCCGCGACACCAGAAGAACUCACGGCAAAAACGUACAACUUGCUCGGUGCUCUCAUUGAGAAUGUUGUCUUCGGUGCCAAGCAGCACUACGAGUUUUUCUCGAAGCUUAUCCCUUCUACGCCGUUCCUCGCGCUAAUGGGCAUGUUCAAGCGGGAGUCGAGUGUGGACGUGGCAAAGAAAGUCUUGCGAGCCUUCGUGGGCGGAAGCAUGAAGAAGUCCUCGAAUCGUACCGCGUCCGAGCGUGCGGAGGCGAAUCGCGAUAUCUCGGCAUUCAUCGCGCGGCUUGGAUACGUCAACGAGACUGCUAACGCAAGUGAAAGAGCCCAAGACGAGGAGCAGGAGGCGCUGCUGAUGCUGUACACCGAUUGCCGUCGCUCAUUUUACAAGCUGGAGCCGGUCAAGGAAUUGCUGUCCACGAUGGUUCUCCGGUUGGCAAUGCACGUCCACAAGCGUACUGGUGGUACUGGUGGUGGGGUUGCGUCUGUCGUCGGCGGAAAGAAGCGUACACAGGCACGGCGAAACUUCAUUCAGUCUUGUCUGGCGUUCGCGCACAUCACGAUCCCGUCAAUUGAGGCGCCUCUCGAAAAGCUUCAGCUCUUGGUGUCAGCAGCGAAUGUCGCCCUAGUGACGAGCUGCAUCCCGCAGAUGGACGCGCUGGUAAAAGCUGCGAUCGUGUUGCUCGCAGAGCUUGAGCCAAGUGCUAUCGAAUCUGUCCGCCGCUUCGACGAGGGCUCAGAUGCCAUCGCAUCGCUUACCCCGAUGCGCGGUGUGGCACUUGGACUGUUCGGGGCAGUGAGUAUCAACAACACCAACACUGUCAUCGACCAUAUCGUGCAAGCGAUCGCCCAGUUGAUGAGCGUGUUGGUGUACGCUCCGUCGCUAAACGACGAAGACCCGUUCUACUUCGUGUCUGCUUUGCGCAAGGCUGUGCUGGAGCGGUUGGCGUGGGUGACACCGAGUUCGUCGUCCGUAGCGCACCGUCUUGAAGCUGGAGUUGCUCGACUGCGCGUGCUACUCAUGCUCGUCCAACUGUUUGGUCUAUGGGGACAACGGGCUCUCCCUGGUCGACUGGUCGGAGUGGACUCGAACGACGUACUCUACGGUGGGGACGACACGUUCUACAACGAGGUGCAGGCUCGCUUCAGCUCGACUGUCGAAGAGGUGGCGCGUGAAAUUGAAGCCCUGGGUGCGGAAGUCGAGGGCAACAAUGCUGAGAGUGGUGCUGUCGUUGAACGGAUAGAGGCAGCGCAGGUCGAGCUGAUGUUGGACUUUGUCAACCUGGUCGUUCCCGUGCUCGAGUAUGAUGAAUCUCGCCCGGAAGGUGUCCUCGCCGAAGCGGACUCCGCCAAGGCGGAGGAAGCUGGCACUGGUAGAAGUGGGAGCCGCCGCCGUAAGAAGCCUCGAUCAGGAGCGGCACUUGUCCGCAAGUGCAUGGCGUACAGCCACGAGAAAGCGCAGUCGCUGAAGCAGGCCAAGCCGAGAGAGACGUCCACAAGCCAGCUGCAGAUAACUACGUGGGUUUGCCGGUAUUUUGACAGCACGCGCGCGUACGUCGCCGAGUUCAUGAGCGGGAUGCCCAAGCGCGCAGCAGGAGUUCGGCUGGACGCGAGCAGCCAGCAGGCCGUGCAGGCUUUGGCCGACGCUCUCAACAGCCUGGCACUGUAG